GUCAAGGAGCUCGAAGCACUGUGCCGCGAUGACGGAAGCUGCCGACCCGCGCAGCCUGAUCACCGAGCGCCACAUCCUGACGGCGCUGACGAAGGACCAAGGCCAAGAUGCUCGCCUUGUCUCCUGGAACCUCGAGGACUUCACCAAAAGGGGCGACAACUACGCCUCCUUCGUCACGUCGGUCAAGGUCCACUUCACGCUCUCGGGCUCCUCGAGGGAAACGUCCUACGUCGCCAAGACUAACCCUCGAAGGAGCAUCAAGGCCCUGGAGGCCAUGAUGAGAUCUCACUUCCGGCGCGAGGAGGUGUUCUACGCGACCUUGAAGCCGAUGCUGGACGAGGAGUUGCGGCGGCUGGGAGGAGGGCGGCUGCGAGUGCCGCAGUGCCACCACAGUUCCCUGGAGGAGUCUCGGGAACUGCUUCUGCUGGAGGACCUCAGGACUCGCGCCUUCAGGAUGCACGACCGUCGCAAGGGCCUGGACUUGCCUCACGCCCUCCUGGUGGUGCAAGAAAUCGCCCGGUUACACGCAGCCUCCCGCCUCCUGCAGAAGGCGCUGUCGUCGGAUCCUCUCGCCGCCAGAUACCCCCCCUUUAGUAGGCGAUGGAUGGAGGAAGCGCCCGAGAGGGAGGUUUUCUCCGCCCUCUUCGCCGGUCACCUGGAGGGCGCGGCCAUCCUGGCGGAGAAGGAAGGCGGGCACUACGCACGCGUGGCACCCUGGCUCCGGGAGGUCAAGGGAGGCAUCGUGGACCUCCUGGCGGGGGAGUUGGCACGGUAUUCCCCCGAGUUCUCCGUCCUCGUCCACAACGACUGCUGGACCAAUAAUGUUCUCUUUAGGUACGACGCCCGCGGCCGGCCCUGCUCCGCGGCGCUCCUCGACUUCCAGAUGGCCACGAUGUCGUCACCGGCCAUCGACAUCCUCUACUUCCUGUACACGAGCCUAGACGAGAGAGCCAGGAAAGCCCACCAGCAGGAGCUUCUCUCCGCCUACUACGCCACCUUCAGCGAGGUCCUCCGAAAGGGCGAAGUGCAGGUCCCCUUCUGCCUCGAGGAACUGCGCCACGAAUGUCGUCGGAAGAUCGUCUUCGGGUGUUUGAUGGGCCUCAUCAUCCUGCCGGCGGCGCUGAGCGAGUGUGAGGACUGCAUCGCUGAUCCCGACGCCCUCACGGAAGCCACGAUGGACGACUACACGCGGCAGCAGAGGGAAAGCCUGAUGAGUUUGGACUCCGGCAGCGCCACCUUCAGGAGCCGCUUCCUCGCCAUUUUCGAAGACUUGUUAGAGACGGUUGUUGAGAAUGCUUCCUCAAAUCCCUAAGAGUAGAAGAUAUUAAAAAAAAAGAAACACUAUGUGCAAAAUAGAGUUUAGGAAGGAUGGAGACAACAGUUUCAAAGCCCAGUUGGACUUUCUUUUCCGUUCUGAUCCUCCAAAGCUGCUGUCUCAUCUCUAAGUAAAGUGGGCUGUGUAUAGUAGAGAUUUCUAAAUUUCAUCGACAUGGUAUAGAGUUGUGUAAUUCAUCAUACUCUUUAUAUCUCUCUAUUCUCUAUAAGUUAUUUUCUUUUCUAACUCUCCGUCUCUCUCUCUCUAGCUCCAUUCCUCUCUCUCUCUCUCUCUAGCUCCAUUCCUGUCUCCCACUCUCUCUCUCUCUCUCUCUCUCUCUCUCUCUCUCUCUCUCUCUCUCUCUCUCUCUCCCUCUCUCUCUUUUUUUUCUUUUUAGACUGUAGCCUCCUAGGAAUAGUGACGUAACCGGAUAUGUUUGCAUUACAGAUAUAAUGUGUGCAUUUCUCCUUAUCGUGAUUUAGAGGCAAAUGUAUUGAAAUAAAAAUGUCAGGAAGUUUUUAGAAAUCUUUUAUCUUUUCAAGUCUGCAUAUAGA